AUGCCUACGCUGGAGGACUCGACGUCGUCGUCCAUCGCCGCCAAUUCGUCUUCGCCACCUCAGGCUUAUGCCUCGGAACCGGCGAACCUCAACUAUGCCUUCCUCGUUCACUCGCAGAAAACAUUGACACAGAACCUACCGCCGCGUGUAGACAACAAAUUGCUGGCUCGCCAGAAGCGGAGGCGGACGAGUCCGGAGGACCACGCCGUUCUGGAGGCCGAAUACAAAAAGAACCCAAAGCCCGACAAAGCUGCGCGUACCAGUAUAGUUAGCCGCGUUGCUCUGGGCGAAAAAGAAGUCCAGAUUUGGUUUCAAAACAGACGACAGAACGACCGUCGAAAGUCCAAACCUCUCGAGCCUCAUGAACUCGUCGGCCCGCGUGCUUCGGGAAGUGCCGCCGAUGCCCCGCCAAGCAGUCAGAAUACUGGUUUAUCACAGCUUGGCUUUUUGUUUGGGAGCGACGACCAAGAACGAAACGAAGACGAAGACACAAAGGCUGAGGCCGAGCCUGAUGAGGGUGAUGUUGUGCCUAGUGUGUGCAAUAACAGCAGCGACGUCGACCUCCCAAGCUCCCAAUUGAACGGCGAAAUCCCUUCGUCUCAGACAACUCAUCCGCUGUCUGAAACUGCUAACCAGGAAAAGGCCGUCGAAAAACCCGAGAGUAUAGCUGGGCUAGGGAUCGACGUGAUGUCUAGGAAGCGUGCCUUUUCAGAAGUUGACGCGGUGCCGCCGCCGGCCGAUGCCCAGUCAACACAAGUUGAAUUUAAGUCGCCUCCGUCGCUUCGAAUAUCCAUGUCGUUUGAUGGCAAGGCCCUUGUCAGACAAAAGGGAGAGAAAACACCAUCUCCUCAAAAGCCACGUGCUUCUGCCCGAAUCUCCAUGUCAUCCGAUGGCGAGGCUCUGAUUCGGACCGAGGAUGAGCCGUCUCCCUCCAAAAACCGCAUGCGUAUGGUACCCAGCCGCACGCGACGACAGUCUGGACUCCGGAGAAGUACAAGCGCAGUUGCCUUUGGUGGUUUGAGGCCUGCGAUAGCGGAUCGAGAAGGAGAACCUAAACCCUUUGGGCGCUCCCGUGACGCCCGCAUGUGGGAGCUUUACUGCGACACGGACGCCCGGAGUGCCUUGUCAACCCCAGCAAGCUCUCAAGGUACAACAGGUGCUCGGACACCAGGACUGUACCGUUCGGGCAGCCAUCGGUCGCUAGCUCGUACCAGCUCGUUUUCGAGGUCCACGUUUUCCGCACGCCCUGAACUUGACAGCCACAGAGCAGCAGUCGAAUUUAGCGGAGAGAAACGGAGGAAACUUGGGCGUACCGUGUCAUCGUUGGGUCGUCUAGAAUCGGUUCAGCGGGUUGGGUUAGCAGAUCGGUACCCAGGAAAAGCACAGCAGGUCGCUGGAAAGGCAUCAUCCAAGGACCAGACAGAGGAGCUAGAGCAGGACGCAGGAGACUCUGACAAGGAGAAUUGGUUACCAGGAACACAAGAGCGAGCGGCUCCACGACGACACCGAAGGGUGGCCUCUCACGCGCCUCGUGCCGUGUUGAAGGAGAACGGAUUGCGGAAAAACACCACCGUUGAUGAUCUUGCUUUGGCGGCUGGUGGCAAAAAAAGUCGGGCCACGAGAGGCCUGCGCGGCAGCAACAAAGAAAACGAAUUCUCGCAUCCCGGCAAGAUUGAUGCUGAAGUGGCUGCGUUUAUGUCCAAGACAGGCUCGUCCAGCCGCGAAGAAGAUCUUGACUGUAUUCAAGGGCUGCUGUCGUUGAGUCAGGGCGCAUGGAGGUGA